UUUUCUUUUAUUAAAUUCCUUUUUUAGGGUGAUAUCGUGUUCUUGGUUGUGAUGAUGUUGAUGGGUUGUCUAGCUUCGGGUUCAAGGGAAUUCAGGCCUUUUCAUAUUCCUGUUCAUGCAUGACCACCAUCUUUUUUUAUCUUCUUCUUGUUGGCUCUCUUUUGGGUUCUGGGGCUUCGAAGAAAAUCCUGAAUCUUUUUGUUCCUUCACGCCAAUUUGGAUUGAAAAGAUUGUUGUACCUUUCUUGGAAGCACUUUGUUAUCUCGGUACCAGAGAUUCAGAUUUCAAAGGAUUUUAUGUUUAGUUGGAAGCUUCUGAUUAAAUGAUUUCCAGAGAUGGGAUUAGAAAGCUGUGAUUAUUCAAGUUUAGAGUGAUUAAUGCUUUGGGGUGAGGUGAAUCUUAAAAUGGACUUGGCCUGUAAUUGCAAGUAUCAAAUGUUCUUUGGGAGAAACUUGAAUUCUAUAACAUGUAAAGGUCUUGCUUUGAUUGUUAUUGCUCUGUUUCUUAGAGUUGUGCUGCUUCCUUCAUUCUCUGGUUAUGGUGGGAUAGAUAAAAAAAAUCUUGAUUUGGUUCAUAGCCGGUCGUUGUCCUUGGAUUCUGAUAAUGGAAUUCGCAAAGAUAAAUUCUUGGAAGUUCCUCAGAUAGUAUGGGGACUAAACAAUCAAAAGAUAGCAUUUGCAAGAGCUUGUCUAACUGCUAGAAUGCUGAACCGAACUCUGCUAAUGCCUAGUUUAAGAGCCUCCCUGUUCUAUAAGGAAAUAGAUCGCCUCCAGCCUAUUUCCUUUGAUAAGGUGUUCCAAUUUGAGAGGUUUAACUCCUUCUGUAAUGGGUUUGUGCAGUUGGGCAGUUAUUCAGACCUUAGGAAUCAAACUGGAGUGUAUGAGCUGCAGAAGGGAAGUGGGAGGAAGUGGACUGUUGAGAGGGAUUUGGAUCAACUGAAACAGCUUAGCAAGGAUCCAUUUGAUGGAUAUGAGGUAAUUAGAAUAGUUGGGAAGAAUCCGUUUUUGUGGCAUGAUCAUUGGCCUGUUAAGGACUAUGCCAGGGUCUUUGAAUGCUUAGUUUUGGUUGAUGAGAUAGCUAGAGAGGCAGAUAGAGUUGUUUCAAAGAUUAGAGAAGUAGGAAAGGAAAUGAGCAGCAGAAUUGGCUCCGCUCAAAGCGAUUUUAGUCCUGAUAGCUCUCUGUUGGAGCCAGUGCCUUACGUGGCAGUUCACAUGAGGAUAGAGAUUGAUUGGAUGGUUCACUGCAAGAAGUUAGAGCGGAAAUUAAAUGUUAGUGAAAUCUGUAGCAGCAAGCGGGAGAUUAUGGAGAGAGUGGGGAACAUUGUAGGCCUAAAAGGUCCUACUGUUAUUUAUCUCGCUGUAGCCGAUAGUCUUCUUGAGGAUUCUUCUGUACUCACAGGGUGGAAGGAAGGUUUGCUUCCUGUUGAGAAGAAUAAACUCGGUGUCGAUGGAAUUUAUAAGAAAUACCCCUAUCUCAUUCAGUCCGCAAUAGAUUAUGAAGUUUGCUCAAAGGCUGAUGUUUUUGUUGGGAACAGUUUCUCAACGUUUUCAAGCCUCGUAGCUCUCGAGAGAACACAGAAGAUGAUUAGAAUGGGCGUUACAAGCUCGUGUGGCGCAGAUGUAAGAUGGCCUUCAUAUGCAUACAAUAUAUUGGGGGAAUCCAAUGGUCCUCAUAAAUGGAUGACAAAUAUGUCUGACUCAAGCCUCAAAGCAAUCAGCUAUGGUUCUAAUAUCAUCACCUGUUGAAGAUUAUUGCACGAAAUCACCGAUACAACCACUUGGUUCUGAAACCUCGAAUGAGAUCUUGUGGAAAUUGGUUGGUGUAGUUUCGGCAGCUUUUUCUCUAAUGAAAGUCAAGGAUAUAGAAUUUCAAGAUAGCAGUAUAAACCAAAUACACUUUACUUUUCUGUAGUUACUUAUGUUUAAAUUUUUUCAAUUAGUUUAUUUAUAGAAUUUCAUAGAGAUUGAUAUUUUAGUUCCUUAGGGCCUUAGACACAAACUUUCUCCACAUGUUUUACCUAUGGUACUAAAUCACCAUUGGAAGAGUGUCCAUGAAUGGCUGCAUUUCUUUGAAAGAUUUACUCA